GAGGAGCGCAACCUGUGGCUGAUACUGACCGGCGCGCCUCCCUGCGUCCGGAAAUUCAGCCACGCUCAAUUCUCAAACGUUCUCUCUCGCUCCCUUCAGUUCCAUUCGAACCACGGCUCGACCGUUUUCGUCGAGGACGCCGGUGCGCAUCGUCGUGUACGUUUGCGAUACAAGAAGGAGAGGAAAGCAUUAAGCUUUAUCGUUCAUUCGCUGGUUUGUUCUUUCCUAUUUUUUUUUGUUUUGUUUUUAUCCCUGAUUCAUCUUCGUUUUUUCCUUCGUACGUACUUACGUACGAAGACGUUCGUCCGUCCAUUCGUACGUCUCGUUAUACGCUAGAUUCUAUAAUCAAAGCUACGAUGCAUUCACCUUUAGACUCGUCGAAUAAGAUUACCUGCAUUUUCCUUUUCGUUUGAUCGAAGAAUAACAGUGGACAAGAGAAGUAGACACAGUGAGAACGGAACGAGUGAUUUCCUCGACGGUCAACUAAUCGCCUUCCUGUUGCUCGUUAGUGGACUUGGAAAAUUCAGAUAAAAACAGGCGUAACGAGGGCAGCUAGCUUAAAGGCAAGAAAACGUUACCCUACGAUGCGUACACCGGCGCUCCAGUUAAUUAACGAUGCAAUGACACCGAAGACGAGUACGACGAGAAUGACAGUAGCAAAGGUAGUGACAACAACAGGAAGAACGACGACGAGAACGACAACUGCGACGACGACGACGACAAUGACGACGACGACGACGACGACGACGACGACAACGAUGACAAGGAUGAUGACGACGAUGAUGAUGGGUACGCGAUGAGAGAGAAAGGAACGUCGAGUGAACUCUCGUGAAAUCGCGCCGAAUCAAUUCGACCAAAGAGGAAAAGAAACGCGUAAUGACUCGUCGUGAACCAUCGGCGAUAUUUUCUCGCGGACCACGUAGAAAAGAAAGGAAAGAAGAGAAAACGUUUCGAAGGAUUUCGAAGGAUUUCGAGGAAAGAAAGGAAAAUUCCUUAGACGUUCGUCGAGCCUCCGUGUUUUUCAAAGACUGCUAAAACUCGCCAAAUUUUUAACGUUUUACACUUGUGCCAAAUAGGCACCCUAUUUAAUAGGGACCAAGGUCCAAAAUUUAGGAGAGGUCGUUCGGAAAUAGAUAUAUAUAUAUAUAAUACAAGAAAAGUGGAUCGUCCGGUAGCUCUCGUUGAUCGAGCUCGUCCUAAAUGGAAGGGAGGAGGGAGUACGCGAGGAGAAAAUUUCGCGUCUCAAAGAAGGCGUCGAUACGUCGACGCUGGUACGACAGGGAAGACGUCCUCGUCUUCGUCGUCGUGGUCGUCGACUUCGAGCUAUGCGAAUCGCCGAGAAAUUCGCAGAGCGCUGCCUGCUCAGAGGAUAGAUAAAGGAGUUGCUACGGAGAAGAGAACGUUAGAUAAGAAUAGGAUGCCGGGGCAGACGUCAACUCGAGAGAGCAGCGAGGUUAUCCGAAUGGAACCCCUGGGUAGAACAUCCAGUUCACGUAGCCCCGGGCAAAACGGAACUGCCAAUAGCACGGAAGUACCAGUGAUUUCAGAAGACAGCAACACCGGAUUGCACAAACGUAGCAUUUACGAGCCCAAUGGAAUCGUCUGCUCACAAAAAAGAGCACUCUGCAUAGCCACCGUCGUUUUCGCGCUACUUUUCGCCAUAUCACUCAUCAUUGCCUUCGCGGGACCACAAAAUGACUGCCCUUGCGCUGGACAAAGACCAGCCAAUAUGGAAAUCGAAGACGAUGAAGAGAGCAACGAGCCUCUCGCGACUAAUGGGGAGGUGUUCCCAUGGAAUAACGUCAGGCUACCUACAUUCGUACAUCCUACUAGGUAUAACAUCACCAUCCAUCCAAAUCUUACCACCUUAGAAGUUAAAGGACAGGUCACGAUCGAAUUCUACGUCGAUAAAGAGACCAAUUUUAUCGUCUUCCAUAGUAACAACUUGACAAUAAAUGAAAAGAUGGUCCAAGAUCGCAAAGGCCAUAGAUUGAAAAUCGCGAAAUUGCUGGAGUACCCGACGCACCAACAAUUGUAUCUCCAACUGGAAGAGAGCAAAUUUCGAAAAAGGGGCAAUUACACGGUCCACCUGAGAUUCGUUUCAAAGCUGGCGAGUGAACUGGAGGGUUUUUAUCUCAGCAGUUACGUCACCGCCGAUGGAGAAAAGAGGUACUUGGCAACGACUCAUUUCGAACCCACGUAUGCACGAUCAGCGUUUCCCUGUUUCGACGAGCCGCAGUUCAAAGCGAAAUUCAAGGUCUCCAUAUUUAGGGAUAGAUUUCACAUAGCGCUCUGCAACAUGCCUGUUGUUAAUACGGAGGAUGCUGGAUUUUAUAUGGGCACCGGUCUUCUUCGAGAUGACUUUCAACAAUCCGUCGAAAUGUCGACUUACUUGGUGGCGUUCGUCGUGUGCGAUUUUAAGAGGAUUUCCGAGAUGACGAAGAGAAACAUUUCUGUGAGCGUUUACACAACAGAAUCGAUGCUUCCUCAAGCGAGAUACGCGGUGGAUAUCGCCACUCGUACGAUGGAUUACUUUGAGUCUUUCUUUGGAGUACAUUAUCCACUGCCUAAACAAGAUUUGAUCGCGAUACCUGAUUUUGGUGCCGGAGCAAUGGAGAACUGGGGCCUAAUUACUUAUCGAGAAACCGCAAUACUUUACGAUCCCGAAGAAACAUCGACUGCUGCACACGAAUGGAUUGCCGUUAUCGUUGCUCACGAAUUAGCACACCAAUGGUUCGGUAAUCUCGUUACGAUGAAAUGGUGGAACGAUCUUUGGCUGAACGAAGGAGCGGCCAGUUUCUUCGAGUACAAAGGAGUCAAUCACAUUUCGCCGGAAUGGAGUAUGAUGGACCAGUUCAUUCUUGACAAAACACAGCCUGCCUUAGAUCUCGAUGCACUCACCAGUAGUCAUCCUAUCAACAUAAACGUCAACGACCCCAAAGAGAUCGAAGCUAUCUUCGAUAUGAUCAGCUACAGCAAAGGUGCCUCGAUUCUCAACAUGCUCGAAGGUUUCCUUUGCGAAGACGUUUUGAAAAGUGGAUUAAACGAUUAUCUCAAUAGUCAUGCUUACGGAAAUGCAGACACCAAAGACCUUUGGGCCGUUUUCACUAAACACGUCAAUCGCACGUUUGACGUUAAAGCCAUAAUGGAUACGUGGACUGAACAAAUGGGCUUUCCUCUGAUCACGAUAAUCCGUGAUGGAAAUACCAUCACAGCCAGUCAGAAAAGAUUUCUCGUCUUGUCGAAUGAAAAUGAUACAGAAACUUCCAAUCAAAAAUCUCCUUUCAACUACAAAUGGUACGUUCCUUUGAGUUACUAUACGAACAAGGAACCGCAUAAAUUGCACAACAUAUGGAUGAAUUUAACCGACGUAACCUUCGAAAUUACGAGCGACGUCGAGUACAUCAAGUGCAAUAUCAAUCAAAGUGGAUUUUAUCGAGUGACCUAUCCAGAGGAUAUGUGGAUGUCCAUCAUCACGACUUUGCACAACAAUCACACGCAGUUCAGUCCGGCAGAUCGUGCAAAUCUUAUCGACGACGCGUUCACGUUAUGCGAAGCUGGCGAAUUAAACGCUACUAUCCCUUUGGAACUAUCUUUGUACCUUCUCAACGAAAGAGAUUACGUUCCAUGGGCCACGGCCCUCAGGUACUUACACUCUUGGAAGGAAAGAUUAGCCGAAAGUCGGGCGUACAAGAGAUACAUCGAAUUUCUUAAACGAUUGUUAGGUCCUGUUACAAAAUAUGUUGGUUGGACGGACGAAGGAUCUCAUUUGGACAAAUUAUUACGAAUUGGGGUGCUACAAUCCGCGGUAUCGGUGAAGCUGGACAGUGUCGUGGAACCAGCGAAAACACUCUUCAACGAUUGGAUGUCGAAUAGCAAACGUGUCGGGCCAAACAUUCGCGAUGUUGUUUACGUUGCAGGAAUCAAAUUUGGGGGCGAAGAUGAAUGGAACUAUUGUUGGUCGGUUUAUCAGAAAACACAAGUUCCUAGCGAGAAGACAUUGAUGUUACAAGCGCUUGGUGCUACUUCGGAUCCGUGGUUGUUACAACGUUACCUUUUACGUUCCUUGGAUCGAGAGAAGGUGAGACCUCAGGACGUUGAGACUGUUAUAGGAUCCGUGGCUACUAAUCCGGAAGGGCAGUUUCUUGCUUGGCGACAUCUUAAAGCAUACUGGCACGAUAUACAAGCUUUGUUUGGUAACGGUACGCUCACUAUGGGUGGCUUGAUAACCGUUGUUACGUCGGAUUUCUUUACGGAACACGAUUAUCGCGAGGUUUCCGAAUUUUUCAAGAAAGUGGACGUUGGUAGCGGUAAACGGGCGCUAGAGCAGAGCUUGGAGAUGAUAAGAUUCAAUAUUCAUUGGGUGAAAAACAACGUGGACGUACUGGACGACUGGUUAAUCGGCUAUUUGGACGUUCACUCGUGUUAACCCUUGCUCGUCGGAAAUGGGACAGCAAUGACCCGGAGUUAUUCGGUCGUUUUAUCGGUAUGGCUAUUUUUGUUCAUUAUAUUUAUACGAGAUACCCCUCGAGCGGGUAUAAUAACGCGACAUAGCCUACUUGAAAAGGCCGAGAUCCGAGCGCGCUAUUAAAACGGUCAGGGAUGGCCCAUUUCCGCCAAAUUUUCCUUCUGUGGUUUUGUUUUUCUUUUUCGUCGAAAGACUAUUUCUACCUAGGCAACAAUUAGACUGCAAAGAAAGACAAUCCGACAACGAGACGAGAGGGACGGGGAGAGGGCCUUUAUUGCUCUAGCUUUUCACUGAUGAAAAUUACACACGUAUACAUACACGUUUACACCGAAAACCCCGCUGGGUAUACAAAAGCUCUCUCUUUCUCUCUCUCUCUCUCUCUCUCUCUCUCUCUCUCUCUCUCUCUCUCUCUCUCUCUCUCUCUCUCUCUCUCUCUCUUUCUCUCUCAGUCUCAUGAUUAGGCCUCGCCUGUCGGAAAAGGAAUCUUCUUGACAGUCGACGACGAGCGUAAUACUUGCCGAAUUGUUUGUAUGUAACAUAUUAUACACCGAUUUAUACGCACUUUCGAAAGUAUUUAUUUACUGUACACGCGGUGCGUGCAGAUUGGAAUAUUAGGUGUAAUGAAGAGUAAGCGUAAAAAAGAAAGAAAGAAAAAAAAAAGAAAGAAAGAAAAAAAAAAGAAAAAAAGAAAAGAAAAAAGAAACAAAAUAAGAAAGAUACGAAAAAAAUGAAAAAUAAAAAAAAUAAGAGAGGCGAAGGAAGUUUAUAAUAUUAAAAGGAGGGAGGUAGGGGGAACAGAAGACGACGCUAUUUUACAGGGUAGUCGUUGACCCGUCGACGCGUCGACGAACGAGGGCUAACGACCUACGCCUCGAAGGACGUUUAAAAACAGUCUUUCGUCUCCCCGUGAGUAUAUUGAACUUUAAAGGAGUGACAAUAGUCACCUCCACGUGAUGCCCAACGCCCCAUUCCUAAGAACCCAUCCAUCGGAGUGUGUUAAGUUUGUACUUAGAGCGACGAACGGAUCGAACUUGUCGUGAGGAAAGGCAAGGAGGAAAUUAAGAAAAAAAAAAAAAGAAAAAAAAGGAGAAAGAAAGGAAAA